GAAUUCUGUUUUGGCUAGCCUAUGGUUUUGACUGACGGCAUUUCUUCUCCCAUUCGUGUUUUCCUUUCCAGAGCAUUCCAUAGACACUAUCUAUGGCGCUGGCCUUGUCUCGGUGCUCCGCCACCCUGAGAAGUAAACUAUUGUUGCGCUACCCUGCCUUAACUAUGAGAGGGACUCCUCCGAUGAGCCAGUCCCCAGCCACAGCGGGGCCCUGCCUUGUCAGGGCCCACACUGCCCUCUUUCACCUCAGUAAAGCCACAGCCAUCCCUGAACCAAACAAACCCACUUCAGUGUUAUCCUCGGGUCUGGAGGGAGAGCUGUUGGGGAUGGGGGUGUGGUCUCUGGGUCUGGGGGCAGUCGGAGCAGCGAUAGUGGGCAUCUUCUUUGCAAACACUGACCUGUGUUUGUCUAAAGUUGCACAGGCAUCGAUGGACUACCUGGAGGAUGCAGACCUGCAAUCCACCACAGAAGGUGGCGGGGUCAUCAAGGCCAAGAGCCUGUGGGAGGCCAGCGGAGCUGUGGUCAUGGCCGUCCGGCGGCCUGGGUGAUUUCUGUGCAGAGAGGAGGCCUCCGAGCUGUCCUCUCUGAAGCCUGAGCUGGAGAAGCUCGGGGUCCCUCUGGUGGCCGUGGUGAAGGAGGACAUCGGCACGGAGCUGCAGGACUUUAGACCACACUUUGCGGGGGACAUCUACAUAGAUGAGAAGAAACAUUUCUACGGGCCGCUGCAGAGGAAGAUGGGUGGUAUGGGUUUCUUCCGGCUGGGGGUGUGGCAGAACUUCAUGCGAGCCCGGAGAGGGGGUCACCAGGGCAACAUGAUCGGCGAGGGGUUCAUCCUGGGAGGCGUGUUCGUCAUUGGGCCCGGAGACCAGGGGAUUCUUCUAGAACACCGUGAGAAAGAGUUUGGGGACAAGGUUAACACUGCAGAUGUUCUAGAAGCCGUGAAGAAGAUCAUUCCAGCCAAAUAGAUUUAAGUUAAAUUUAAUUAAGAGAAAUUGCAGCGGGCAAGGAUAAUCUUUAUUUAAUUCCUGUGUAAUUAAUUUUUCUAAAUGGCUCUUGAAUUUUGUUCUGUUUUUGAUUUAGAUGUUUUCAUUUUGCAAUGGCAAGGAAAGCUGUUGACACCUGACAGCAUUUUACCACACUGUGAAUGCAUCAUGGAACCAAAAAUGCAUGUUUUAAUUCCAACAUAUAAUUGCAUGUAUUGUGACCUUAAAACCAGUGCAAUAUGGGAUUCUAAUGACAGCAUAUGUUGGAUUACACUUGAUACAGAUCUUAUGAGUUAUUUUAAUUAUCAUUCGCCCUGUGCUGGGUACCCAGGCUGCAGUCCACAUGGCGGACGGUCUUGUCAGCCUGUGUGUGAUAAUGAAAACCUGACUCUAAACUCUUCAGGAGACGAGCGGGUUGGAUGCUUCCACACACCGGCUCACUACCGUUGCCAUGCCGACGAGGAGUUCUGGGUGCUGCAGACGGGUGAUGCGUUAUUUGCUGGGAGAGAUGUUGUCUGCCUGUUUGGAUGGCCUGUCAACCGCAAUAAACUCUACACCUAGACUUACAAUAUUGCUUUUUAAUUCAUUUGUCUGAAUUUUUUGUAUUACACGCGUCAAGACAUUGCAAGCACUUGAAACAAAUGUACAGUACAAGGGACAUUUUGCCUUGAGCAAUACCUUCAACACAAUAUAUAAAAAACAGAUCCAUCAACAAUCUCUAAAAGAUUUGUUUCUGUUGACUGAAGGUAGGUUGUUGUUGAAUCAAGAUAUGCCCUUUUAUUUGGGGUAGAGCUGGCUUCUAGGAGACAAGACUUGUUUUUCAUAAGAUAAAGCAACCUACUAAAUCUAAAGGAAUGUUUCCCUUGAUUUUUUUUUUGUUGCAGAUUCUGAAGCUUCUUGGAAAAACAUAUAUCAAAGACCUUUGUAUUGCUGUAGCAUAUUUGUUUAAGGUCAGGAAGAACUGCAUGCCUAGCUUGACAUCUCUAAUCCAAUUCGCAAAUAAAAAAAGGAGUUUGCAUAUUCAUCC